GCGACCGGGCAAAAUUUUUGCCAUUAUAUCAAUUCUCAUCGAGCAGUGCGGUUGGAGAAGGCGAAAAUCCGCUUAUCAUUCCAUGUUACACUCGGGUCGGUUAGUGAAUUAAAGUGCAUUGCAAACGUCUACUGUUUGCUCCUAGUGCUACAGACUACUACAGUGAGAAUGCAUUCAUUCAGUGGAAAAAUUGUUAAAAACGUGGAUGUUGGAAGGUUCACACCCUACAACCUGCCAAUGAAAGGCGAGCGAUCGGACGAUCAGCGAACUGACUCUGGAGUUACUUCUGGAAGUAGCGAAUGCCCGUCUCCAUCGAGCAAUCGUAGUUCCUCCCCAACCUACCAGUUCCAGAAGAGCCGCGAGUACUCUAACUGGUUGCCCCCUUAUCCCACACAAGAGAACGUGCAAAGCCCGGAUUCCACACGAGAGAAUGAGCAAAGCCCUUAUUCCACAUCAGAAGAUAGAACGAGCCCCUCUUAUUCCACAGCAAUGAGUUCAACAGUUCCGACCAACACCAAUGGCAUCGACAGCAUCAAGCAGCCGCAGCUGAAUUCACAUGGGAAACUGAAGAGCUACUGUUGUAAGAGGUGCGGCGUAAAAUCGUACACGAAAGAGGACCAUUGGACCCAUAUCAGGAUUCACAUAGAUAAAAAUAAGUUACUGUUGUGCGAAACAUGCCCAUUUGCCACCCAUCUAAAACACCACUUCGAAUUCCACGUCUUAUCAUACCAUUCUGGAUCGAAACCUUUUAAGUGCAAACUUUGCGACUAUGCGUGCGUUAACAAAUCAAUGUUGAAUUCCCACUUGAAAUCGCAUUCGAACAACUAUCCGUAUCGAUGUGGAGACUGCCCGUAUGCCACCAAAUACCUCCAUACGCUUAAAAUGCACCUGCAGAAAACCAAACACACUCAGGGAGUAGUUCUUAAUGCUGAUGGGACUCCCAAUCCGUAUCCGAUUGAUGUUUAUGGGACGCGACGAGGGCCCAAACAGAAGAAAACGAACGCCAAGCUCCCCAUUCAGACCCCCAAGACGCAACAUGCAGUGCUUACCAACUUGGCGUUGCAUUCGCAAGUUAUGCCUCAGUUCGGUGCUCUUUUAGGACAGGGUCCGCUGGGCCCAACUUUUUCGCCACAAGAGUUCUACCAUACCCAGGAGAUGCUGAUGGCGCAGAAUAUCAUGCUAAAACUGUUCAACCAACACGUYGCKCAAAAUGCGCAAGCAGAUUUCCAACAACCAAAUAGCAACAAGUAUGAUGAUGGUGAAAUGGGACCUGAYGGAGUACUGGAUCUGAGCAGUAGCAGAUCUUCAAAGUCCUCACAAGGUGACGAUGAUGAUGAGGAGAUGUCGAUGGCCUUUUCCAAUGUUGAAGUAGUGGACACCAGUGUGAGCGAAGUGAAAACGGAGAGCGAAGUGAUGCCAGAGUUGAUGCCAGAAUUGAAAGAGCUGGUGUUCACUUGCCAUCAUUGCAACAUUGACUUCAAAGGAAAACCGGGGGAGUUCAUAUAUAGAAUCCAUAUGGGCCACCAUGGCUUCAACAAUCCCUUCACAUGUAAUAUGUGUGGCGAAAACUGCGAGAACGUGGUGGGCUUUAGCAUGCACAUUAGCAAAGCCGCCCACUAGUUAAGACGGGCAAAUUUUUUCAGGAAACUAGUCAUAUAUAAGGUGCAAUCGAAAAGUUUGGGAAUUUAGAGUAAGGUUGUAAAAUUUCGUGAAACAAUCUUUGGUGUGUGUGUGUGUGUACAUUACAAAGAUUUGUUUCAUUUGACUCCCACUUUUCUUACUUGAUAAUGUCGUUGCUUUAACUGUGUCACAAGCAGGCGCAGCAUACAAAACGAGCAAAAAAACCACCCAAAAGAGUGAACUUUAAAAGGACGAAGAGAACGCGUGCUUGCUUGUAACACCCACUGGAACCUGUUCUAGUUUCGCGCAAUUUCAUCAGGUUGCACCCCUUAAACAUUCAUCUAAACAAAGACUUUUUCAAUUGUUUGAUCUCUGAUAUCCUCGCAUGUUACAGCUGCACAAAUGUAUUUAAAUCCUAAGAUAAGUUCAUUCCAAAGCUAGUUUUGUUAGUUAGGUUUUAUAAUUAGGAAAUUGUGUACAUAUUUUUGCUAUAAGACUGAUCAUCCCUUUUAGAGACUUAAAUGGCGCUUAAAGAGUAAAAAAUCAAAGUAUGUAAAAUAUGUAAUUUAGCAAUGUACAGUUUUUCAUAGAGAAUUUUCAGAUGUUAUGUAAACAAGUUUUAUAAAUCGAAUUUGAUUGAUAUAA